AUGGAGAUUAUGGGUGCAAUUAUCACCAUCUGGGUCUCUGGGACCUUUCCUGCUACUUCCCUAGUGACUGACUUUGUUGUAAACAUCAGACUAAAGCAACACGGAGGAAAUCUUUGCGUCAGACAUAUUCUAUCUUCUGAUCGGUCAAGUAUCCUACUAUUCAUUUUUGCCAUUCAAGUGGUCAACAGGAAUUCCCAUCUCCUGCACAAUUUCACACUAGGCUACAACAUCCACGACAACUAUUUGAACACAUUUAUCACUUCAGAUGCCUUGCUGGACAUGCUCUCUACUGGAGAAGCCAACGUUCCCAACUACAGCUGUGGAAGAGAGGACAACCUUUUGGCUCUUCUUGGUGGAGCUGUUGAUGACAUCUCCAUCCAGAUGUCAACAUUAGCAGGCGCCUACAAAGUCCCGCAGAUCAGUGAAAAAAUUGCUUCAAAGGCUCUGAGUGAUAAAAGUCAGUUCCCUUUUUUCCACCUGAUGCUCCCCAAAGAAGGGAUCCAAUACCCAGGAAUUGUCCAACUGCUCCUCCACUUCAGAUGGACCCUGAUUGGUCUCUUCGCUUCAGACACAGAGAAUGGAGAACAUUUCAUGAGGACUUUUCCUCCUCUGCUCGUCAGGAAGGGGAUUUGUGUUGUUAUAUCACAGUUUUCAGUGACUGGGCAUAUAGGCCGCCUCAGGGAUGCCAUCUCCAAGUGGAGACAAGUCAACGUCUUUGUUCACUUCAUAGAGUUCGGCUCCUUUUUGGACAGAAUCCAGCAUAUCCACUUGACGCUUGAAACUUUGCCAGGACCCAUUGAAGGGAAAGUCUGGAUCACCACAGCACUGGGGCAAUUGGCACUAAGAAGGCACAGGCUUUUCAAAUAUGUCCAUAGUUUUUGGAACUUUGUAUUUCAGAAGAAAAAAAGUCCCAGAGAUGCAGCCAUUGAACCUGAUUUUUUUGUGGAAGCCCAGUUUGAAGAUGAGUAUUUCCACUGUUCUUUUUCAAAGCUCAACUUUUCUGUCAAAGGCCGGAGAAGAUGCACCCAGAAAGUCCCACUGGAGACCCAAGAGGAAAAGAACAGGACACGGAUCCGAAAUGACCACCAUGUUUACAGUAUCGCCAAGACUCUGGUCCAUGCCAUGAAUUCUGCAUAUUCCUCCAGAUCCAGGAGGAGAAGGAAGGAGGGGAAAGAGAGUUUGGGGGCUCCAAAGCUGCAGCCAUGGCAGUUCCAUCCCUUUCUGGAGAAGAAUGAGUUUUGCAAUUUUUCCCAGGACAAACUGUACCUGGAUGAACAAGGAGACAUCACAGGAGAUCUGAACAUCAUGAGCUGGUUGGUUCCCCCCAUGGAGGAUCCCAUCGAAGAGCAAGUGGGGAGUUUAGAAAGGCAGAGACUGAUCAUCGACCAAGAUGAUCUGUCACGGCUAAAGAUGCUCAAAAAUUUGAUGUCAAUCCCACUUGAGUCGCUCUCUCCUUUCCUCUUAAUCAUUGACAUGAAAGAGCUAAAUGGGGUCACCGGCUACUCCAUGGGCUCCGUCUUCAUUGGCCGACCAAGGAAGUCCACUUGUCUUCUCCGACAAACAAUUUUCAGCAUUGUCUUCUCAGUAGCUGUGUCUUCUGUGUUGGCCAAAACAAUCAUGGUGGUGCUGGCCUUCAUGGCCACAAAACCAGGAAACCAAGUGAAGAGAUAUUUGGGGAAGAGCUUGGCCAACUCCAUCAUCCUUUCUUGUUCUGGUGUCCAAAUUUUCAUUUGUGCCAUCUGGCUGGGAGUUUCCCCCCCAUUUCCUAGAUCUGACCGGCAAUCCCAAGCAGAAGAGAUCAUCCUGCAAUGCAAUGAAGGCUCUGUCACCAUGUUUUAUCUUGUCCUUGGCUACAUGGGUUUCCUAGCUGCCAUUUGCUUCAUGGUGGCUUUUCUGGCCAGGAAUCUGCCUGGGGCCUUCAAUGAAACCAAGCUGAUCACCUUCAGCAUGUUGGUCUUCUGCAGCAUCUGGGUCUCCUUCCUGCCCACCUACCUGAGCACCAAAGGGAAAUUCAUGGUGGCUGUGCAGGUCUUCUCCAUCUUGGCCUCCAGUGCUGGGCUGCUGGGCUGCAUCUUCUUCCCCAAGUGCUACAUUAUCAUCCUGAGACCAGAUCUAAAUGCUAAGGAACAUCUAAUGAUAAAAGUAGGGAAAUGA